GCAGGAUCUAAGUGCGCAAGGCCGGGUACAUCAAUCAUGUCUACAACUGGGUUGCUCCUCUUUGGCGUCCUCGUCCUUUCAGUCUGCUUGACGGAAGCACAAGAAAAGCCGGAUGACGUGAGCGAAGAGCGCUUUGAGCCGGAGCAGAAGCGGCCAUUCUGCAACGCCUUCACUGGCUGUGGAGGAAAGAGGUCCCAGUACAGGACGCGCAACCUGAUAUCUAGGCUGCGGCAGAGGAUACUGGACGCAUCGGCUAGGAGUCACCAUCGCUCCCGGAGCCAGUUUCAAGGGGACGCAGACAGCCGCAGCGCUCUGGACGCUGACGAGUUGCGGAGCGGUGCCAUACUGGUGAAUCUACCCAGCCUGUUGCGGAAGCGGAGGUUCUCCAUGAACAGCCCGUAGCUCGAAGUGGACCGUGCUCAUCAACUUCUAAGCGUCAACGGCGCAGGUGUCGGUGACUCCUGCGUUGUUUUAGCGCGUACGGAAAUGAAGCGAUGAGCUUGAUAUUGUCUAACACACAACCAUAUCCAGAUUUUUAAGCAUGCAUUGGCGUCACGGGUCAUUCCAUUUCUGCAAUUUUAUAUCCCGCUGGAAGCGGCAGGUCUUAAUAACAAAUUACGUGUAAUAACUAGCAAAAUUAUAUUAAACAUAUUCCACAUGGCCUAUGUGAUUCCGACGGGGCUCGAAGUAUCUGAUGCACAGUGAAGCACCUGACAAUUUAUAUGUCGAGCUUUCAGUAAAAUCUCCAUCAGUUGAGUCAUCGGAGUGUCUUUUUACCAUGUAGCACGUGCACUGCAAGGAGCAAGAUGGUUUGUUUAUGGGAUUUUACGCCUCAAGGCAUCUAAGAAGAGACACCGUGGUAAAUGGGCUCUGCGUCAUUUUUCGACCCGUUAAACGUGUACUUAUAAAGAAUUGAAAUAUACGGGCCUCAAGCACUUCACUUCCAUAGAAUGUGACAGCCGCGACCGGAAUUCAAUCCGCGUCGUUCGUGUCCACAGCCGAACAACGUAAUCACUGAGUGCACCGUGGAUGGCCUGAAGAAAAGUACUACUGGGUGAUUCCAUGUAAGAUCGAACAAAUCAUGGCAGGUCGACAUCUUAAAUUUAUCAAAUA